AUGGAGGCCAUCUUCCAAGCCCAGGCCAAGUUCCGCCUCGACCGCGGCCUCCACAAAAUCACCGCCAUCCGCAACAAAAACUACAAGCGCCACGGCACAAAGUCUUACGUCUAUCUCCUCAACCGCUUCGGCUUUGAGCCCACCAAGCCCGGCCCGUACUUCCAGGAGCACCGAGUUCACCAGCGGGGCCUCGUACACCCAGACUACAACGCCCCCGUCGGUGGCAGGGUUCAUAUCACAAAGGCGCUUCACAAGAAGCGCAACCACCAUGGAGCUGUUGAUGCCAACGGAACAGAGAAGGGAGAGGUCGGUGCCGAGGACCAGCAGAAUGACUCUGAGUAUCUGUGCGAGGUUACUAUUGGAACUCCCGGACAGAAGCUGCUGCUCGACUUUGACACUGGAUCAUCAGAUCUCUGGGUCUUCUCCACAGAACUCAGCAAGAGUCUCCAGAAGAACCACACCGUCUUCAACCCAGCCAACUCCUCCACAUUCAAGAAGCUGUCCAACCAGACCUGGCAAAUCUCCUACGGCGACGGCUCCUCCGCCUCUGGUGACUGCGGCUCCGACAACGUCACCAUCGGCGGCCUCACCAUCAAGAACCAGACCGUCGAGCUCGCCUCCAAGCUCGCCGCUCAAUUCGCCCAGGGCACUGGCGAUGGUCUUCUCGGUCUUGCUUGGCCGUCAAUCAACACCGUUGCUACGAAUGGGCGAUCUACCCCUGCCAACACGCCUGUUGCAAACAUGAUCACUCAGGAUGAUGUCCCUAGCGAUGCAGAACUGUUCACCGCUGCCUUCUACAGCGAGCGUGAUGCAAAUGCAGAGUCCUUCUAUACCUUUGGCUACAUCGACCAGGAUCUUGUCUCAGCCUCUGGCCAAGACAUUGCCUGGACUGACGUCGACAACUCCCAAGGCUUCUGGAUGUUCCCCUCAACCAGCUCCUCGGUCAAUGGCAAGGAGAUCUCACAGUCCGGCAACAGCGCCAUCGCCGAUACCGGAACCACCCUCGCUCUCGUCUCGGACGAAGUCUGCGAUGCUCUGUACAAGGCCAUUCCCGGAGCCACCUACGACGACCAACAGCAGGGCUACGUCUUCCCCAUGAGCACAGACGUAUCAAGCCUUCCCGAUUUCAAGGUUUCCGUUGGAGAUGUCCAGUUUGUGAUUCAGCCCGAAGACUUGGCCUUUGCCCCAGCAGACGAAAACAACUGGUAUGGCGGCGUUCAGUCUAGGGGAAGCAACCCCUUUGACAUUCUGGGCGACGUGUUCCUGAAGUCUGUUUACGCGAUCUUCGACCAGGGAAACCAGCGAUUCGGUGCGGUUCCCAAGAUCCAGGCGACUCAGAACCUGGACUCUUCCGCCCAGUAA